UCGAGCUUCCCGCUCCGAGGCGCUUCUUAUUGCUCCCUCGCCCACUGUAAAGAUGGCGGCGGCCGCGGCGAGUCUGAGACGAGCGGGUUGGGGGCUGCUGCGCUGCCAGGCGGUCUUCAGACGCCAGCUAUACCCAGUGCAACGUGCCAUUCAGGCUGCAGCUGUACUGCGGAGAGCGUCAGAUGAGCAGAAACAACAGCCCCCGCAGUCUUCCACCCAGCAGCAUUUGGAGUCAGAGCCAGUGGGGGAGCAGCAUGAUCAAGAGCAUCCACACUUACGCCCCAGUUACACGGAUCAAGGAGGUGAAGAAUCAGAGGGCUAUGAAAGUGAGGAACAGCUGCAGCAUCAAAUCCUGACAGCAGCUCUGGAGUUUGUCCCCACUCAUGGCUGGACAGCAGAUGCUAUUGCAGAGGGAGCCAAGUCACUGGGUCUCUCUGUUGCUGCAGCAGGGCUCUUUCACAAUGAUGGUAGCGAACUGAUCCUGCACUUUGUAGCCCAGUGUAACUCCAAGCUGACUGAACUUUUAGAAGAGCAACACAAACUGGUGCAGCUCGGUCAAGCAGAGAAGAAGAAGACAGACCAGUUUCUAAAGGAUGCUUUGGAGACCAGGCUGAGAAUGUUGAUUCCAUAUAUUGAAAAAUGGCCCCAGGCUAUUAGUGUGCUGUUGCUGCCACACAAUAUCCCAGCCAGCCUAAACCUCCUGACGAGCAUGGUGGAUGACAUGUGGCACUAUGCAGGAGACCAGUCCACCGAUAUAAACUGGUACACUCGUCGAGCAGUGCUUGCUGGCGUUUACAACACUACAGAGCUAGUGAUGAUUCAGGACUCCUCUCCUGACUUUGAGGAGACUUGGUCCUUCCUACAAAACAGAAUAGCUGAUGCCAUGAACAUGGGACACACAGCUAAGCAGGUGCAGGCAACAGGAGAAGCCCUUGUCCAGGGACUGAUGGGUGCUGCUGUCACUAUAAGGAAUCUCACAGGACUGAACCAACGCCGAUAAGAUGGAAGAGUUGUGAGAGGGAGUUCCAAGACCCAAAAAAGAAGAGGAAUCCCCUCGCAAGAAGUUUAAACUGUUUCCACGUAUUUUUCUAGUACUAUUAAAACACACAUUAAAGGUUGUCAGCCUAGCGUGAGAACCUUUCUUCCUGGGCUGUGUAAAUGUCACAACCUGGUUUUCUGGUGAUGAUGCCACUCCUGAUGCUUGACCCAGUCAGCAAAAACUCGCAAUUCGGGUCCAUUUUUAGAAGAUUAUGUGAAUGAAGUUUGGUAACCAAAAGUGUCUUGCUUUCAUUCUCCCCCUCAUUUGCCAUCUACGUAUCUGACUCAGAGGUUGCUGCAUCACUGGGAGACAUGGACAGCAUUGUGCCAAAUUGUGUGGUUCUGCUCCAACUCUCAAUACACUUCUGCUCAGGAAGGAUCACAUCAUCACUGUAGGCUUCUCUUGAUGUUUUGUCACUGCUUUCAGUUCUCUUCCAGGACUAUUUGCAUGAAAGCUGAUGGCAAUUGUAGCUUGAAAGCCCAGCUAUCGAAUAGCCAUCAGAGUUCUAUUGCAAAUGUAUUAUUUUCUUUCUUCCUGGACACGGACAUGUCUGUAAAUUAAUAAUAAUAAAAAUUCAAACUGC